AUGCCCAUCCAACAUCACCCCAUAAAUCCCAGCCUCACCCUCAACUCUACCAAUCCAAAUCACAAAAAUAUCAUCCUCACACGCCCACGUACCUCAGACGCAGAAUUAACAAUCCCAGCAUUCAACCACCCAUCCAUCUAUCUGAACCUCACCGGACCCCCUUUUCCCUACACACAAGAAUCAUUCGAUUCAUUCUUCAAGGAAGUUUUGGAUAAGAAUGUACAAAUUGCAGUAGCGGAACUCCGAGAUGCGAAAUUAUCGGAGGAAAACGGGAAUGGAAAAAGAUGGGUGGGGGCAAUACCCUUUCCGAGUAUUAGGGAGGUGGUUGUUAAUGGGAAGGGGGAGAGGGAGGAGGUUUUUAUUGGUCAGACGGAGAUUAGGAGGAGAGGAUAUAUGACUGUUUUGGGGGAGGAUGAGAGGCAGCGGUUGGUUAAGGGGAAUGAGGGGAGGAAGAUUGGGGAUCCGGAGAUUGAGUGGGAGAUUGGUUUUUUCCUCCUCCCCUCUCACCACGGCCGCAGCAUCAUGCCCGCAGUCCUCCAAACGCUUCUCACGGAUUUCUUCAUCCCGUAUAUGAAUAUGCAUCACAUGGAAGGAGAAUAUUUAGAGUUUAACGGGGCGAGUAGAAGGGUAUUUGAAAAGUGUGGGUUUAGAUUUGUAGGGGUGACCGAGAGGGUAGAAGUGGUUCCGGAGGGAAAGAGGGGGGCUUUGAGGGAGUUGUUGGAGUUGGAGAGGGAGGGGAAAGAGGGGAAGAGGAAGAGUUGGGUGGGGAAGGGUGAGAAGUGGUUGCUGGGGGAGAAGGUGGGGCUUGGGGCGUUGAGGUGGGAGAGGGAGAGGGAGAGGGAAAGUAGGGAUGUGGGGGAGGUUGUUGGGUCAGGGGUCUAA